CUUCAAACCCCACCGCGACCGCCAUGUCAAUUUCGCUCCUCCUCCUCUCCGCCUCCGCCUCCCUCCCCUGCCCAUCGCUGCCGCCUCUCCGCCGCGGUACCCGCCGGGGCCUGACCCCCAUCCGCGCCUCCCUCCCUCGUUUGGGCCUCGCCGCCUCCCGUGGGGAGACGCGGCUCGUCGAGACGCGGCGCGGGCGGGCGCCCGCGGCGGUUGGGGUUUCCGCGGAAGGGGACGAUGGCGGGGGCGGUGUUCGCACGGGGAUCACGGCGGCGGCGGCGGCCACCGUGGUGCUCGCGGUCAUGAACCGGGUGCUGUACAAGCUCGCGCUCGUGCCCAUGAAGGAUUACCCCUUCUUCCUCGCGCAAGUGCUCACGUUUGGGUACGUUAUAGUGUACUUCUCUAUUCUCUUCAUAAGAUACCGCGCUGGUAUCGUCAGUAGAGAAAUGCUAGCACUCCCCAAAUCGCGCUUCAUGUUAAUUGGCUUACUAGAGGCGAUGGGGGUUGCUUCAGGCAUGGCUGCUGCAGCUAUGUUGCCUGGACCAUCUAUUCCCGUGUUGUCUCAGUCUUUUUUGGUAUGGCAGCUUAUUUUAUCCGUUGUCAUUUUGGGAAGGAAAUAUAGAGCAAAUCAAAUUCUUGGAUGCCUACUUGUUACCACUGGAGUAAUUCUAUCAGUAGUAAGUGGAGGAACUGGUGGUCCAUUUCUAUCUGAUGUCAACUUUUUUUGGCCAGCAGUUUUGAUGGCUUCAUCUGCAUGUCAGGCUGGUGCAUCUGUAAUCAAGGAAUUUGUUUUCAUUGAUGGUGCAAAACGCCUUGAGGGAAAGCGGCCUGACAUAUUUGUGGUAAACUCUUUCGGGUCAGGAUUCCAGGCUCUUUUUGUUUUCCUGCUCCUUCCGUUUCUCUCUAAUCUGAAAGGCAUCCCAUUGGCUGAGCUCCCUGCAUAUGUAAACCGUGGUGCUGCGUGCUUUCUGAAUAUUGGGGGUAAUCUCAACGGUUGCCCUGGUGCCCCUUUGCUACCACUGCUCUUCAUAACUAUGAACAUGGCCUUCAACAUUUCUGUGCUAAAUCUGGUGAAGAUGUCUACUGCACUCGUUGCUUCGCUAACAUCAACUUUAGCAGUACCUCUUUCCAUAUAUGUCCUCUCGCUUCCUCUGCCAUACAUGCCUGGAGGGACAAGCUUGAGCACGUCGUUUUUGGUGGGUGUUGGUGUCUUGGUGCUUGGGCUGCUCCUGUACAACCUUCCCCAGAAUUCAGCUGAUCAAGUGAAGAACGACUAGUUCUAAACCGGAAUCACAUACAAGGACGGCAGUGAAGCUUGGUGCACAUUGGUACAGCAUUAGGAUUUCAUUUCAUUGGUUACCGGCAGCGCAGAUCUGUACAUAGCUGCUGAUGAGUUCGCCGCUUGCUCUGCAAUCAUUUAUACCUGAGAAAUCAUCAUUCCAGCCAGGCAUUGAGUAGUUUAAACUUGUAGCAUACUCUGAAUGGCCCGGGUUGAAAACUUGUCUGCGGUACAGGCAAAGGAGAGGGAGAAUGUUGACAGGACGGGAAAAGGUUUAGUUGCUUCA